AUGCCGUUGAUAUCUGCCUUUCGUCCUCGCUCAACUCGGGUCACUUCCCUUCCUUCUAGAUCGGAACCGAGACAACGACGAGGCCGGAAGCUCAGUAUUGCCCAUGAGAAUGAUCAAGAAACCGAGAGAGAUGAUGCUCACUCCAUCAUUACCCCCUCGAAACACACCCCCAAAGCCUUCCGCGCAUUCAAAGGAACUGUGGCAUCCGGAGGGCCCCUGCGUCCAUUCCGGCUCAUCAAGCAAGAUAUUUUGAAUCUUCGCCGCCGCUAUACAUCCGACUGGACCGUAUUCAACCAAUUGAUUCUUGCAAGCGCUGUUUAUGUCUUCUUCACGAAUCUUCUUCCCGGCAUCACUUUUGCUAGCGACCUGUACGUCCUGACCGGCAAGAGUUAUGGAGCAAUUGAAGUAGUGCUGAGCACCGGGCUCUGUGGGAUGAUAUUCUCCUUCUUCUCUAUUCAACCAUUGACCAUUCUCGGGGUGACUGGGCCCUUCGCAGUUCUUGCCGAGAACAUUUAUCAACUAUGUCGCGAUGAGUUUGAGAUACCGUUUUUACCAUUUAUGGCCUGGUCUCUCAUCCACGCAGCAUGGCUGCACUACCUGCUCGCUAUCACUAAUGCGCAUGACUGGACUAUGCGUUACGUGACAACAUUUACUACCGAGAUAUUCUCCCUUUUGAAUAGUAUCAUCUACUUCCAUAAGGCAAUUCAAGAGUUGGAGAGAGCCCAUGAAGCACUCACAUUUGCGGCUUUUCUUUAUGCUGUCAUCGGUGCCGUAGGAACAAUGCUACUCGCAAUUUUCCUCUCUACCGCAGAAAGCUGGAAACCUUUAUUUCACCGAUAUGUGCGCAUGGGCCUAUCCGAGUAUGCGGCGGCGAUCUCCAUCAUUAUAUUCAUCGGCUUGCCACAUGUUGGCGAACUCGCCAAUUUGGACAAAAUGACUCUUCCUAUCAGCACGUCAUUCAAGCCAUCCUCUCCAGAUCGAGCCAUAUUCGUUGUGGAGUUUUGGGAGCUACCAGCCCGGUGGGCGUUUGCUGCUAUCAUUCCUGGUAUCAUUAUUACCGUCCUUUUCUUUUUCGAUCACGAGGUGAGCUCAAUUAUUUGUACAAUUGAUCGUUACGGGACACAGAAGCCAGGCGGAUUUUCCUGGGAUAUUGUUCUCCUAGGCACUACGACAGCUUUGUGUGGGAUUUUGGGCAUCCCUCCGGCCAACGGGCUCCUUCCUCAAGCGCCUCUCCAUUCUGAAUCGCUGAUGCAUAUAGAGAAUGAACAGCGCACCGUGAUUGUAGAUGGAGAGGAGAAGGUCGAAACAUACGAAGUCAAGCGUGUCUAUGAACAACGCUGGUCAGCCUCCCUUCACGCUGGGGCAAUCCUUUGUUUUGUUAGCCCUCCCUUGAUGAAGGUCCUUGGCUUGACACCUACCAGCGUUCUCGCUGGGCUGUUCCUGUUCAUGGGCGAGCAAAGCCUGGCCGUUAAUCCGAUUUUAUACCGGGCAUUCUACCUCCUCACGCCGCCAGCUGAACUGCCACCUCUCCCAUCUGUACUCGCAAAGAAAGAAAACCCCAGUAACUCCGAUACCACCACGAGCACCAACCAACGUCCAUCAUACGUUCCAGUCCAUAUUUACACGAUCCUGCAGAUAAUAACCACAGUAGCGAUAUUCAUCCUCACGCUAACUCGAGGCGCACCGGUCUUCCCAAUUUUAAUCGUAGCCCUGGUACCGUUCCGCCUCUUACUCAUGAAGCGAUGGUGGCCACGAGAAGUUCUUCGAUUUGUGGAUGCAUGGGCAUGCAAAGAAGGCACCCCUGAAGAUGACGAAGACGCCGAAGCCAAAGAGAACGAGGCCGUACGCGGACCCGGGCCCGGUUCUAGUAACAGUCCUAUUCCUGGGGGAGUAUUCUCGGCUGAUGUGCAGAAUUCCCACGGGUCUGCUACUGUUGCGGAUGUACCUACAACUCAUACCAGACCAUUAAGAAAUGUCGAUGAGACCCGGUUGGAUUGGGUAGAGCUUGACGAGAUUCGACCACAUAUGGAUGAGGAGUCGGGGAGAGGGGCUCGUUUGAUAGAUAGAUGA